AUGCCCGAACCAUACCGCGUCGUUUAUCCAGCCGAUAGAUGCGAGGGUUGCACUCUCAGGCCCGAGGAGGGUCGUCUGCACAGGAUUUGUGGCCGGUGUCGCAGCGUAGUCUAUUGCAGCAAAGAAUGCCAAGCCAAACAAUGGAAAUACCAUAAUUCAUUAACCUCACCGGAUACGUUCAGAGCUGCGUGUCGGUAUGCUCAAAAGCGUUAUGCACGGACUGAGUCGGGCAAGCCGACCGCCGAAGCGACAAACACCCGUGCUCUUCGGGAAUUCUUCUCCAUACACACCGACAAUUUUGUCUACUGCGUGGAGUUGGCCAUUAUAGAAGAUAUGCUACGUUCUGUUCCUGCAGGCCUCUCCGGCCGUGACCUGGUUCAAGCAUAUAACGCUUCCGACCACAUCGCCUACUUCGAAUUGUCCCCUCGCGCGAACGACGGUAACCCGAGCACAACAUUCGGCAUCAAACGCUCUGUAUACACAACCGUCGACGCCUUCAAGAAGAGCCCAGACUUUAAUUCUUCCACCCGGGAGCUCUUAACCUCUACCCCUAAAGAAGUGAUGGACAAGAAUCGGCACUACGAGUUACAUGGGACAGAGCCUGGCUACGACAUUGGCUUAAUCACCAUGCUACUGCAUAUCCCCGGCCGCAACGCGAAUGACAUGGGCUAUCACUAUGGUCAUGCAAAGUUGGUAUACAUCGAACAACUCUCUCAUAACAUGGAGAAGCUGAUCUCGAACGGCAUCGGACUGUCCGCUUUGGCGUCAUGGAAGACGAUGUUAUCAUUUUUCGUGGAUGUGGGGAUUUCGUCGAGGUUUUUCCUAGCUGUGGAGGACGAAAAGAGGCACCAUUGUUACGGAGAGAUGGUAAAGGUGGAAGGAGAACCAGGGUCAAAAACGAAGUGGACGUGGGUGCAAAUUCCGUGGGAUGAGUAUGAUGCUCGUAUAGAGGAGUUGAUGCCGCGCGAGCAGUCCCAACCCGCUAUCACAACGCCCGAGUGA